AUGAAGGGCAUUUUGGCCGACGUGACUGCUGCUCGAGGUGUACUAGAGUCUCGAGUACUGAAAGCUGCCGGUGUAUCCUCGAGAAUUGCCUUUCACUGCACAACUGUAGAAGAUUUCGCUAAGGAGCAUAUGCAGGGCAAGUUUGCAGAGUUAAUCUGCUGUAGUGUUUUGAUAGCAAUAGCGAUCGAUAGCAAUAAGUACGAUGCCGUUGUAGCGUCCGAAAUAGUCGAACAUGUCGUGGAUCUGAAUUCGUUCGUUAGCGAAUGUGUUCGCUUAGCGAAACCUGGUGCCUCGUUGUUUUUCACGACGAUUAACAAGACGCUCGCUAGUCGGGUUCUUGCGGUCUGGUUAGCUGAGGAUAUGAUGGCAUUGGUGCCGCGUGGUGUUCAUCAAUGGGAGAAAUUUGUUGAGCCAGUUCGAUUGUCAGCGAUACUCGAGGGAAGUGGCUGUACUGUUAGAGCAAUCAGUGGCUUAAUGUGCAAUCCAGUAACGAAUGUCUGGUCAUGGAUACCGACAACAUCUGUCAACUAUGCUUGUUUAGCUGUCAAGAAAUGA